GAGAUCAGUCAAUGUCAAAUUGAUCUUACGGAUAAAUAUGCUUCGUAAAUUUGGGCCCCAGGGUGAAACUUGCAAAGUAUUUUGUUCGUAAGAACUAUUUAUCGCCAGCCGACCUCAUUAACUUCUUUUCAUAAGAGUUCGCGUCGUUGACGUUUUGGAGGAAAAGAACGGUGCGUGAAAUUCAACCAAACGGCAUUGCGCAGUCCAAGAUCUUUCUUUAGAGAACCCACAGCGUAUAUAGUGAGAUACGAUCAUCUUUGUCAAGCAAGAUAAUAAAAUUUAUUUCACAAUGUACAUGGUGUAUGUUCGUCUCUUGAUUGCGUUCUUACGCAGUCGAACGUGGUCCUGUUUCCGGAAGGAAACCGGUUCAUUCCUGGUAAAAUGGACCUCAUCAAGAAAAGUACAGACUUCGCCAUUAGCCAAGGUCUCCCGGUGCCCCGCCACCACCUGGUGCCCCGGACGCGAGGAUUCGUGAUCACCGUCCAGCAGAUGCGAAGCAACCUGGACGCCGUGUAUUGCGUCACCAUGAUCUACGGCGGCACCAAGAUGCCUCACGGGGUCCGCAGGGCAGCGCCGGGCAUUUGCGACGUCUUCACAGGUCGGUGCGGCGCGCUGCAUAUGCACAUCAAGCGGACACCCAUCGAUAAACUUCCCGAAGACGAUAACGGGCUCAAGAAGUUCAUCUUCAACGCCUUUUACGAGAAAGACGCGCUGCUCACCGCGUACUACGAGUCGGACGAGACGCCGCCGGAGCUUCAGAACCCGGUGCUCGUGCCGUGCGAACACGUGCAGGGCAAGUUCGUGUCGGUGGCCACCGUGUUCACCGUCAGCUGUCUGCUGCUCACAGCCGGGGGCCGCGCCUGCAUCUGGAUGACCUGGCUGUACGGCUCCAUCUUCGGAUACUCCUGGCUUGGAAUGAACUCGGUCGCGUGAGCCGUAUUCGGCCACGCGGCUUUCGGGCUGAAGCUGCGCAGCUCUGGGACUGGACUUGUCCGCAAGCUUAACGUGCAAGACGUCAUCGCCGCUUCGUGCAACUCUUUAUGACGUUGCUCCUCCAUCUGGUGCCGAAAUGCGUACUAUAAGGCGCUUGACAUUUAUGUUUCUAUUCACUAUAAAUCAACAAUAACACAGAAACACCUAGUUCUGAUCGGUAUAGGCUGUUCUUUCAGACGCUCUAUAGUUGCAUUCCGUUAUAUAAAAAAAUGUCGAAUGCUAGCCGAGAAAAUUAAUGCUACACUUUUCUCUCUCUUUAAUUUCGCGUUAAUGGCUUGGAUUAGGUGUCAUAGAUCUCACGCUAUUAUGG